AUAUCGGAAGUGAGCUGAGUACGAAGCACCGUUGUUUGUGGUGGUAUGAAUUUUGAGUUUUAUUCCCGUGUUUACAUGGUGCAUUUAACGAGCCGAAGCGGAUUUUGCACUUAAAACAGGAACCCUUAGUUUCCCAUCUUAUUUUUCGCGUGUGACUGUCAGGUUGUGUGAAUAUGUGCACACAAACGAAAGCUGCUGCCCGCAUGGUAAACAUCCCGCAGGCAGACAUCGAUCCCUCGGGAGUGUUUAAAUACGUCCUCAUCAGAGUUCACAGCAAAGAAAAAGAUGACGACACGGAAGUUGAUAUAGUCCGUGGAUACGGCUGGGCUGAGUACCACGCGGAUAUCUAUGAUAAGGUCUCGGAGGAAUUGGAAAAGGAUGGACUCCUGGACUGUGAGUGUGUCGGAGGGGGAAGGAUCAGACAUGAUGCCCAGGCUAAGAAGAUACAUGUAUAUGGCUACUCGAUUGGGUUCGGAAGAGCGAACCACGUCAUAACCACUGAGAAACUGAAGGUUCAGUACCCGGACUAUGAGGUGACCUGGGAUAACGAAGGAUAUUGAAAUGAACUGUAACAAAAAAUAUGAUGGCCGCUCCUCCGCUGAGCUAGACUUUAACAUUAUAGAUUAUUUUCAUCAUGAAUUUUUCGAUGCCACAAAUACAUCCCGACACUAUUAGGACUUAUUUAUCACUAAAUAUUCCAAUUCUCAACUUCUCAUGUAUUUUUUUUCCCACAGUGGUGACUUUUCUUGGUAGGACAUUGAAAAAUCAAAAUAGGCAAGGGAUUAUUUCAUAAUAUACCACUCGUGAAAGUUUUCAGAAUUGAUUUUAUUGCCUUUGUCAGUUUUUAUAGAUUCAGUGAUGACUUAUCUGUAAAUAUAUGAAACAUAUUAUAUCCAUACCACCUUGACAACUUUCAUUCUCAUUGAGCUUUAAAGUACAAAUCUUGAUACAUUUAUUUUUUUUGUACAUUAUUGUAUGGUGCUUAUAUGUACAGCAAUAUCCCUAAUUUGGUUGAGUUCAUCUCAAAUAAAUGCACACACAAUGCAAAA